UUUGCGUAUCACUGUGUCAGGAUGGUGCGUGUUAUUAUCAAAGGUGGUGUAUGGCGUAACACUGAGGAUGAAAUCCUCAAAGCAGCGAUCAUGAAAUAUGGCAAGAACCAAUGGAGUCGCAUUGCUUCUCUGCUUCAUCGAAAAUCAGCAAAACAAUGCAAAGCUCGAUGGUACGAGUGGCUGGAUCCUGGGAUCAAAAAGACUGAGUGGUCGCGUACGGAGGAUGAAAAAUUGCUUCAUCUUGCCAAACUGAUGCCCACUCAGUGGCGUACCAUUGCACCAAUUGUUGGACGAACAGCAGCUCAGUGCUUGGAGCGCUACGAGCAUCUGCUGGACGAGGCUCAAAAGAAAGCGGAGCAGAUUGAGGAGACUGAAGAUCUGAACGAUGCCCGAAAACUGCGACCCGGUGAAAUAGAUCCCACUCCGGAAACAAAGCCAGCUCGACCAGAUCCCAUCGACAUGGACGAAGAUGAGCUCGAAAUGCUUUCAGAAGCACGUGCAAGGCUAGCUAAUACACAAGGCAAAAAGGCGAAACGAAAGGCCCGCGAAAAGCAGCUUUCGGAAGCACGCCGGCUUGCCUCGUUACAAAAACGACGUGAACUGCGUGCUGCUGGCAUUCAGUGGGGACAGCACAAAUUCCAGCGCAGACAUCCAACCCAUAUCGAUUACAACGCUGAGACUCGUGGUGAGAUUGAAGGCACUCGACGUGACGAUAUUGAAAACGAGGAGCGUAAAAAGGAUCGGGAAAAGCUGAAAAAACGAAGAGCCGAAGGUAAUCCAGAGUCAAUUUUUGAGCAAAAAGCGGAGAAAAAACGUUCGAAGCUGAUUUUACCAACACCGCAAAUCUCGGAUAAGGAAAUGGAAGAAAUCAUCAAAAUCGGCAAAGCAACGGAUACAGUUCGUGAAUUCAUCGACAGUAAUCCCACCAGCACACUCCUUCAUGAUUAUCAGUCAUCGAUACGGGAAAGUGGGGCAAGAACAAUGCGCACACCUUCGGUGUAUGCCGAUGCUCUUCAAAAGGAAGCUGAAAAUCUGCUGGUGUUACAAAAUGCGCCAACUCCACUAAAAGGAGGCAUCAAUACGCCAUUGCACGAUUUAAAUCUGCGCUCCGCUCUACCGCAAAAUCGAACGCCGGGAGCAUCGGAACCACCCACUCCAGGGACGCCAUUUAGAGACCAGCUCAGCAUCAACACUCCACAACAGCAAUACGAGUCACGGCGUGAAUUGAAACAAGCACUGAGUUCGCUGCCUACGCCACGUAAUGAAUUUGUGGUUGUUUUGCCGGAAGAUGAAAAUGAAACAUCGCAAGAGGAGACAACUGAAUGGAUUGAAGAUGCCAGUGAAGAAGCUGAAAAUCUACUGGUGUUACAAAAUGCGCCAACGCCACUAAAAGGAGGCAUCAAUACGCCAUUGCACGAUUUAAAUCUACGCUCCGCUUUACCGCAAAAUCGAACGCCGGGAGCAUCGGAACCACCCACUCCAGGGACGCCAUUUAGAGACCAGCUCAGCAUCAACACUCCACAACAGCAAUACGAGUCACGGCGUGAAUUGAAACAAGCACUGAGUUCGCUGCCUACGCCACGUAAUGAAUUUGUGGUUGUUUUGCCGGAAGAUGAAAAUGAAACAUCGCAAGAGGAGACAACUGAAUGGAUUGAAGAUGCUAGUGAAGUGGAUGCGCGUAAUGCACAGGCGCGUGAGAUGGCACGAUUGCAGAAACUCAAAAAGGAAUCCCAGGUUGUGCAACGCGCUCUGCCAAAACCGACCAAAAUCAACGAACAAGGCUUCAAAUCAGCUGCAAGCAAAACCGAUUUCAGCAGGGCGGAUGAUUUGAUUAAAGCUGAGAUGCUGAAUAUUUUGAGACACGAUGUUGACGGACAGCACCUGGAGGAUCUUUCUUUGGAAGAAUUGCAAGCAGCCAAAAAGAUCAUCGAAAAUGAACUGAGGCCGGAGGAGCAACUUACGCUGAACGCAAAUUUUUGGGGCAUAAUUGAGCAGUGCUCGUCAGAACUCAUUUUGGCACAAAAUAAAUUCACGCGUCUGGGCGUGCUGCCGAAAAAAGAUCAGAUUGAUGCACUUUCAGCCAAAUUCCAGCUCUAUCGAGAUUGGAUGAACACCCGAGCAAAGAAAACCGCGAAAAUGGAAAAAAAGCUUAAAGUCAAAUUAGCCGGUUAUCAGAGCAUUGGCCAGCAUAUUGCAAAAUUGAUUGAAGAAACACGAGCCGAAUUGGAGGCUUGUAAGCGUGAAAAAGCAACUUUUGAAUUGCUGGAGAAAAAUGAGGAAAAAGCUGUCAGAAAACGACUCAACAAAUUGAUCGAGGAAGUCUCGCUGCAGGAAAAACGUGAGAGCGAGCUGCAGAAGCGUUACGAUGCGCUGAUGCAAGAAAAAUGGAACAUUGGACAGGCUUUGGUCCGAAUGGAUGCGACAAUCAUUGCGCAACCUGUCGGGUACGUGUAA